AACUCAUACAACGAGAUUCUCAUAAGGAGUAGAAAAGCUGGGAGAACAGUGUGUGUGGCGGUGGAGGCUCAGAAGCAGCUUGAUAAGAUAGACAGUCCAACAGGAUGAUGGCUGAUUAGCAGAACAACAGUUUGGCCCACCCACCCCAGGUGUGCCCCACCAGCGGCGACCAGUGCUUGGCAAGUUGGCGGGUCCACUUGGGAUCAUUCUACACUGCCUGGCGCCGGCUCGUCCUUCCAUUGCCCCUCAAUCUAUCAACAUUGAAUCUGUGGCGGCAACUUGGGCUGCAAUAUUGGCAAUAGUGACGCCUGCUUGUGCCCAACAGGUCUUUCUCGUGCGUGGCUCACCUGUCACCCCUCGUGUUGACACCUGGCCACUUGUCAGGCAGGCUCUUGGCAUGGGAUGUGGGCGGUGAUCGGUGGAGGCUUGGCCGCCACUCCAAAACACAACAACCUUUCUACAUGACAUCUGCGUUGUGUCAAUGAUUUCGCCCUCUCCCCCAGUGAACAAUAAGCCCAUGACAUUGCUUCAUUGCAUAGUCCCGCGGCUUUGAUUGGCUCGGUAUCUCCUAUAGAUACCUUGAUAGGGACGUUCAUACCUAAUACUUCACCACCACCACCACCACCAUGGCUGUUGAUAUACUUCACACUAGGAACUUAUUUCUGCGCUGUAUGUGUGCAAUCUACAUGUUUGCCUUUGGAUCCCUGUAUCUACAAGUACCAGGGUUGUAUGGCGAGAAGGGGAUCCUUCCAGCCCAUACUCAGCUGCCGAAUCUGAAAUACCCAAAGCAGUGCUUCUUUGACAAGCUGACACUGCUCUGCUUCUCAUCCUAUGUGGGCCUGAAUGUCUCUUACAUGAUGGAGCUCCUUUCCCUUGCUGCAACCCUGCUAAGCUUUAUUGGGAUGGUAUGGAAGUCUUGGUGCACAGCCACCCUCUUCCUGAUUUUAUGGGGCACAUACCUUUCUCUCUAUCAAGUAGGACAGACCUUCCUCUGGUUUCAAUGGAAUGUAACUUCUCUUGUCCAGAUUCUGCUCCAGGUCAUGAUUAUAUUCACUGGAAAUUACAACUUCUUCAACCUGCUAACCAUCACUAUGUGUCUGGCCCUGAUGGAUGAUGUUCACCUUGGCUAUCAGCAUGUGAAAGACCUUUCAUUUGGAUUCAUCUCAUAUGUAAAGGCAACUUGUAGCUGGACUGUCAAGUGGCUCGGCUUCAUAGCGUUGGCGUACUACACAGUAAUCUACUUUAACCUUAAAAUUGCUCCUGAUGGCACCAUUGAUUCAAAAUUCGUGGUAUCACGGGCUGAAUUUGAUGCAUUCAUGUCUCGUGCUGUGCCUCUGAGCAUAGCCAUUGGUGCAUUUUCUUUGGUCAUCACUGUAGCAGAGGCUCUUACUUCGGCUCUGUUUGAAGUGCGUGGAUGCCUGGAUAAGUUCGGGGUGUUCAGCACAACUGCUAUCUACUCUGUUGCUGCAAUCUGCAUGUUUGGAAUCAGCCUGGUGCCAUACUCUGUUCUGGACCGACCUACAAAUCAGCGGGUUUGGCCCGUGUUCAGAAACCUGUAUGAUCACAGCUCAGACCUUCAACUUACUUCUGCAUAUGGUCUUUUCCGGCGCAUGACUGGUGUUGGGGGGAGGCCAGAGGUCAUCCUUGAAGGGGCCAAUUCUCUUGAGGGGCCUUGGGUGGAGUACGAGUUUCCCUAUAAGCCAGGGAGCCUUGACCGCAUGCCUGGAUUUGUUACUCCCCAUCAACCACGAGUAGAUUGGCAGAUGUGGUUUGCAGCUUUAGGCACGUAUAACCAAAACCCAUGGCUUAUCUCUCUGGCCCAUCGCCUGCUCUCUGGCCAACCUGAAGUAGUGGCUCUCCUUGAUCCAUCCUCUCCCUGGCUUGAUGCACAACCUAAGUACAUCAAGGCCUCCAAGUAUAUCUACCACUAUACCACCUGGGAUGAAGGCGCCGAGUCAGGAAGAAUGUGGAAGCGUACUCGUGAGGAUGAUUACCUCCCCAUCUUCACGGUGGACCAUGCACCCCUGGUGGAGUACCUGCGUAAAAUAGGGACCAUUGGCACCAUGGACAUCCCAGCCACCAACCAGCCUCUGCAGCAUGGCCUGGAUAAUGUGAGGGCAUUCAUAAACUCCUUUGAUCCACCACUUGUUCUCUGGACUCUACUUGUCACUGGCUGGGCCAUUAUGUGGACCAAGAGAAGCCCUACGCCGAAACCAAUCAUGUAUCGCUCAUCUAAACGCAAGAGUGGAUAGUAUCUAAGUUGAUAUUGGACUCUGGAUUGUUUGUUUUUCAAUAUAGCAUUUUGUUGGAAGACAUGAACAGUGGAGACAAACAAACAGGCAGAGAGCACUUAAUCAUAAUAUUUGAAGUACAGGUGUGGUUAGUGCUGUGAAGUUGUCAAUAUAAUACAAAUCCUGCUUCCUGGAUUGGGAAGAGAUGAAAGAUAGGAAAAGACCUCAGCAUGAGGAGUAAGUUUACAUGAAAACACAGUAAGACCUCAACAAUUAAGUUUUUAAUCUAAUUUGUUUGUUUGGCCAAAGAAACAAUUGCUGACACUGUUCUUCAUGGCUUAUACCACCUAAUUGUGUGUUAGAUUAAUUGAAUUUAUACCAGUUUUGAUAUGGUUGAUAAAUGUUUUAUUGAUAAUAGUAGUUUUGUAUGAUGACUGAAUAUAGAUAUGAUAAUUAGAAAUAUAAAA